GCGCGUAAGAGUAAAGUACCAAAAAAUUGUCAGAGGGCCAAUAAACCCAAAAUCGAUAACAAAAAACUUCAACUUAAAGGAAUGCUUUAGAAAAAACAAAACAAGUUGUUGGUUCUUCAUGUGAUGUAAUCGGAGUGUAUUAAGUGUCCCCCUUUUUUUGCAAUAAAACAACGCCCUCUAUAAAUGUUUAAUAAUGCCACAAAGAUCGCCCUUCAAACAAUCACAUCAUCAGCAGCAGCAGUUUCAUCAUCAAUCACCACCGGUUCUACAAGAAAUCCAAGAGGCACAACUUCAACGUCAUCGUCGUAGUGAACGCCAACGACAUCAUUGUCAUCAUUAUGGCCUAAGUUUGUUAGCGUUGCCAGUAUUAGCCAUCUUUUUAGCCCAAUGUUCUUCAUCAACGGCCCUAGUCGUUCCCAAUGAAUUGCCUUCCAUACUUUCACUUGUGUACUCCAAUAUACCGCCCAUCAAAAAAGGUACCGAUUCACGACUUGGCUUUGGCUUUCGACUUGGUAAUCAUGCAGAUUUUCAAGUUAUGGUUGAAUUGGGUCCCCAAAAGGAAACUCGGCCCAUUGGUGAUCAGGACAGUGGAUCAUCCUUCAAUAAAAGACAGGUGAAUAGACAACAACAACGGGCUGUGCAAAGAGACGCCAUAAGAGCGGAACAGAAACCACACAGAGAAGUAGCCAAGCCGGAAGCCACACCAUCAGCAACAAAUUCUUGGCUAGAAAAAUGGGCAAGUCAGGUGAAUGAUGCCACAACGGCAAAGAAGAAAGUGGCGCCCAAGCCAAAGCCAUACAAAAAACAAGUUACACCUAAACCAGCACAAAUUGUACCUGUGAUGCCUCAACAAAUGCAAGCAAUUCAGCAGCUGCAAAUGCUAUAUAAAAUGGCCACCACGACAACAAAUGAAAAUUUGGCCUCAACCACUACUACUACUACGACCACAGUGGCACCCGAUGCAGCAGAUCGUGCUAUGCAAAAUAUUCAGCAACGAUUACAACUCUACAAGCCUCCCGCUGACUUAGAAGAAUUACAAGUUUUAAUGCAAAAAUCCCAGGCUCAAAGCAAGGCGGAAAUCACCAAGGAACUGAUGGAUGUCAAUUUGGAUGAGUGAUACCGCAAAUGAGAAUUUUUAGUUAUAUUGGUGACAUUGUACCUACAUAUCAAUUACAUAUCCUUUGUAUCAUAUCAUAUGCUCUCUUUUUUUUGUAAAUAAAUUGUUGGUAGACAUAAGAUCUAAAA